CAAGUGGCACACACCGGCGACCAGCCCGCCGUCGAAGAAGAAGAAGAAGCAGAAGGCGAUCGCCAUCGCAAGACGGUCGGCGCGAUCGCGUUCAGUGAGUUGCUCAGUCCGCAGUCCGCGCUCUCUCGGUCUUUAGAACGCACGUACAGUUAUAUCCAUCGUCUUUUUCUGCGAGUGCACACAUUGUCGUCAUUAUAUCGCCGACAUUACCUAUCAUUACGGUGAAUUCAAAGUCACAAUCAUGCAUUGAUUCCACUAUCAUCAUCCGCCAUCCGUCCGACUUAAGUGCAAUGGAGUGAUACGCAUCUAAUCAGAGGAUUAUCACUCGUACAUAAGUCGAUAGACAAAAUAUUUUAACUGAAAAUUAUAAAGUAAUUAACGUGUGUUGAGUGUGUGUAUGUGUAUGUGGUGUGUAUGAGGCUGGAGAUAGCACGAUGGAGCAAGUAGUCGCUUUUGGUCCACCGCCGCUGCCGCCGAAGACUCGGAGGUCCCCUCCAGACACGACAACGGUACUCGCAUCUCAGCCGGACGUCUUUGCACAUCAAGAAACGUCCAUCGCGAGUACAGCCUCUUCGCCAGGCAGCCACGUGGUUAAGAUUCGUAUCAAUCCAGAAGCUGGGUCAUUGCCGACCACGUGCGGGAUAUCUGCUUCACUACGUUCGUUCGCUUUGGAUGAACCAUCAUCGCCUUGCAUUCGGAUUAAUCUACACUCCGAAAACGAGAUGAUCCAAAACGUCGGGAUUGCCGAUUCGUCAUCACCAGCGUACUUUUACUACAGCCCUUUUAAUUGUGGUGCAAUUAUGUCCAGUGGGCAGGUAUCUCCAAGUGACACACUCGAUUCUGGUACUUGUAGUGACUUGGAUAGCACCCCACCACCUUUACCAACCAAAAAGAAUAAAAGUAUUUCUACAAGUGGUUGUGCUUCAGGGGUGUCGGUUACAGUCAUUGGGGCUCAACAUAAGAGGGCUUCCAGCUUGACUUCCAGUGGAGCUGAUGCCGAUAGUGAUGAUAACGAGAGCAAUAUAAGUUGUGACUCGCUCAAUAGCGGUGACCUACCUUCGGAAGACAAACCACAAUUACAAGAAUUAGAUGAAUGCAAGGCCAGUGCCUUUCUGCCGCAGGGUUUGCUCCAAGAUAUUCGAGAACGUUCGGUGAAAUUAUCAAGGCACGACCCGGCCGAUGAUGAAACUCAUCAAGACAACGAAGUAACACAACACAUUAUCACUGAGGAAGAAGAAGAUGUUGAAGAUGUUGAAGGAGCAGAUGAUGCGUUUCUAGUGCAACCGCUCAAAGUCAUCGUCGAGGAAUGCACGUAUGAGGAACGCCGUAGGCAGCAAGUGCCUAAUAACAGGCUCAAAUAUGAGUCGGAUAAGUUCAUCAAUUUCCACCUCAACGAGAUGAUACACGAUAAAGCGCCCGAGCCGAAAAAAGAAUCCACCGAGCAUGAGGAUGAAUCUUUCGCGGGUUAUAAAGACUUGUUGCAGUGCGAUGGCUCGUCGACCAUUCGCAGCGCGAAAGGGACAAUUCGUGGUGUGAAAAAUCGUGUGCGUGCUGGGAUUGCCACCUUUUUGAGUAUAAAUGAUCAAACUAAGACGUACAAGGAGAAAGACGCCGGCAAGGUCGUGGUCUACACGACGACGAUGGGCAUCGUGCGCGAGACCUACCAGUCGUGCAUGAAAGUCAAGCAGAUCCUUCGCACACAACUAGUGCGCUUCGAGGAGCGCGACGUCUUCAUGAGCGCCGACUAUCAGGCGGAGAUCAGGGACCGCAUGCGAUGUGGCGAUAUCCUAGUGCCACAGGUGUUUGUCGAUGGGCAGCACAUUGGUGACGCCGAGACCGUGGAGAAAUUGAACGAGACCGGCGAGCUCCGGAGGAUACUCAAGCCCUACAAGACAAUGGAUGCAUGUACAACGUGUAAAGUGUGCGGAGGAUACAAUCUGCUUCCUUGUCAGGUGUGCAAUGGCAGCAAGAAAUCCGUUCACAGGAAUCACUUCACCGCCGAAUUUGUCGCGUUGAAAUGCAUGAAUUGCGAUGAAGUUGGUUUGGUAAAAUGCACAUCCUGUGCAUUAUAAAACUUCGUUUAUUUACCAGCAUCUACAAGCGGAAAAAUGAAGUCUGACGUCUUCCGAAAUCUAUAAAAUCUAAUAAACAUAUUAUAGUAAUCUAAUGUAUAAAAGUGAAUUUACUCGUUUGAUGUUUUAGUGCAAUGUUUAUCCAAUUUUCACUUCAUUUAUUAAAUCUAUUUGCAUUUACAUAGUUGAUAAAAAUAUAAAAUUAGUUUUAGUAUCGUAGCUAGAUACGUGCUUAGGAAAUAAAAAUGUCAAUAACUAAAUGAAAUGAAUGAAAAUGAAACUCUAUGUCAGAGCAUCAUCAACAAUGCAAUGUUUAACUAUUGACUUGGUGAAUUAUUGAAAUGUGCUUGUGUUAUCGGAUGUUUGGGCGCGCGCCGUUGUAAAUAGAUUCGCGGGUUUAUUUAGCACCGACUGUUGAUUGUUUGGCUGGUGCGUUUUAAUUAAGCUGAAUUCGCGCGUAAUUUCCUGGCGGUGGGCUAGGUAUGUGUGUGUACAAGAUGGCCGCCAAUUUCUUUUAGGGUUUAACGAUUUUUAUUCGUACGUACUGCAUGCGUUCUUGUAUGAGUGUGAUUGUAUGAGGGGUAAUUUACUUAAUGAACUGAUAACUUAUGUAAAUUCCAUAUAUGUAAUAUGUAAUAUGAAUCUGUAGUGUAUUAUAAUAAAAUACUUAUGUAGAUUA